AUGGCUCAAUUCCAAUUCCUAACUACUCUUAAGAAGUCCCAAGGUUCUAACUGGCCCUGCACUGCCGCCAAAAUUUCUCCAGAUGGUCAAAAUGUUGCUUUCUGCGAUGGUACCGAUAUUGAGAUACACAACAUCAACAGUAAAAGCACCACAUUAAUCCCAACUUUGCACUCUCAAGCAUCAUCAGACCUGUGCUGGUCACCGGACUCCCAAUGCAUCGCCACUGCCUCCGACGACUUUACUAUCAUAAUUACCCACAUCAUUUUUGGCGAGCUGUACCGGCUAGUGGGUCACACUGCACCAGUAACAGCUGUGAAAUUCACCUCGAAAGGUAAUUUACUGUGCUCAUGCUCAAUGGAUGAAAGCAUAAGAAUCUGGGAUACUCUCACGGGUAGUCUACUGCGCACGUUAUCGGCACAUUCUGAGCCCGUGGUGUCCAUAGAUAUACCGCUGUUCGAUUCAAGUAUAUUGAGUUCAGGUUCUUAUGAUGGGCUAAUCCGAAUAUUUGACACUGCUACAGGCCAUUGUUUGAAGACUUUAACUUACGACAAAGAUUGGCAAAGUGAAAACGGAGUAGUUCCUAUUUCACAGGUCAAGUUUUCGGCAAAUGGUAAAUAUCUGCUAGUAAAAUCGCUAGAUGGAGUACUGAAAAUAUGGGAUUUUGUUCGAGGAAAAGUUGUCCGCACCUUUAUAUCAGGCGAAUCCAAUUCACUGCGAUACUCUUGUGGAAUGGAUUUUCUUUACUCGCAAGACGAAGCCCUUGAUCCUAUCGUUGUAAGUGGGACGGAGAAUGGGAACAUUGUUUGCUGGGAUUCCCAGACAAAAAAUGUUGUGCAGAGGAUCCAAAGCAAGCAUUUAGACAGUCCCGUCAUGGAUAUAAGUUGUAAAGGUUCUUUGAUGUGCUCCUUAUCUUUGAAUGGAGAAUGUAAUCUUUGGAUUUGGGUCAAUACCGACUGA